CAACACGCGCGCACGACACUCCCACAAGGCGGCUACGUGACGCGUCACCGCGCUUACGUGAAGUCGUGACGCUACAGUCUCGCGUGAUGAGAUUUGCUGAUGAAGGGAUUUUGUGUGAGGCGGAAGGUUUGGGGCUCGCAGGGAAUGCAGAAGGUCUGUGUCCCAUCCCAGAAUGACAAUGGAGAGCAGCGCCGUCCUGCUGGAGUCCAAGUCGUUGCCCAUGAACCUUUUGAAUGAAAUGUAUCAGCUGCGAUUACUGGGCCAUCUCUGCGACGUGACUGUGCGAGUGGAGCAUCACGGCUCCAAAAUGGAGUUCAGCGCUCACAAAUCUGUGUUGGCGGCAUCCAGCAGAUAUUUCAAGGAGGUGUUUAUUAACGAGAACAUUCUGGAUUGCCCAAAUGCUUAUAUACAGCUCAGCGAAAUGCCCUCAGCGGACUUUGCCUCUUUCCUUGAUUUCGUAUACACAUCCAAGGUGGAGGUGGAAGAAGAACGGCUGCAGCGAAUGAUCGAUGUGGCGGAAAAGCUUCAAUGCCCAGAAUUAGCCGAAACCUGUUUCCAGCUGAAAAAGCAGAUGCUCGAGUCAGUGUGGUUAGAUCUUCAGACUAUCUCAGCGGAGGUGCAAGAAGCAGGAGAAGACAUAAACACGCUGCAUUUAAACUCCCUAACUGGACUCCAGGCGCCAGUGGCAGCACCCACACGGGUCACAGACCCCACUCCUCUGUUCAUCCACAGCACAGUGGGGCAAACUAUGGACCAGGAUUGUGUGGAUACGGCUUUGGCAGCAACUGAAAAAAAUACAGAAAAGAAAAAGGAGGCGCUGAAAAGGCCACAAGCCAAACCCAAACGAUCCACAGGGCGGAUAUCUGGGAAAAAAGCCGUUGUUGAGAUCCCUAAAAAGAAAUAUACAAGGAAGCUCCGCGAGCAGCAGAACAUCAACUCGACUCUGCCAAUGGAGGACAGCAAUGAUAUUGAGCAGCUCCCAAGCGAUAUACCAAUGGCAGACGAGCAGAGCGAGGAUAGUGUCAAAGCUGAGAAUGGGGCUGAUGCCGAGUAUGACGGUCGCUGUGAGGACAGCGAGAGCUCCAAAAACGGAGACAAUGACGACCAAAGUGCCACCGUGGUGUCCUGUCCCCUCUGUGAAAAGACAUUUGCAGAUGAGAAAAGUUUCCUGAAACACUCGAGACAGGAUCACUUGGACUCAGAAACUGUGUAUCGAUGCGACAUCUGCAACCAAACGUUUGCCAACAGGUGCAACCUGAAGAGUCACCAGCGCCACGUUCACAGCAACGAGCGGCGCUUUCCCUGCGAGCUGUGCGGCAAAAAGUUUAAAAGGCAAAAAGACAUUAAGCGCCACAUAAUCCAGGUCCACGAGGGCGGCCGGGAGAGACAUUACUGCAAGCUCUGUGGGAAAGGUUUAAGCUCAAAGACGUCACUGAGUCUCCAUGAGAGAACGCACACGGGCGACAAGCCUUUCAGCUGCCCACACUGCCAAGCCAAAUUCUCUCAGACAUCUGCCCUCAAAACUCAUUUACGAACACACACCGGAGAGAAACCGUUUGUUUGUGACGAAUGUGACGCAAGAUUCACACAGAACCACAUGCUCAUCUACCACAAAAGGUGCCACACAGGUGAAAAGCCUUUCAUGUGUGAAACCUGCGGGAAGAGUUUUGCCUCCAAAGAAUAUUUAAAGCAUCACAAUCGGAUCCACACCGGCUCCAAACCAUUUAAAUGUGAUUUCUGCUGCAGAACAUUUGCACAAAGGAAUUCCCUUUACCAGCACAUUAAGGUUCACACAGGAGAGCGUCCGUACUGCUGUGACCAGUGUGGAAAACAAUUCACCCAACUGAACGCGUUACAACGACACCACCGGAUCCACACUGGAGAGAAGCCAUUCAUGUGCAACGCUUGCCACCGCACCUUCACUGACCAGUCCACUCUCCGCAGGCACACUUCAAUCCAUGACAAAAACACGCCAUGGAAGUCAUUCCUGGUAGUUCUGGACUCUAAAGAUGAAGGACAGAAAUGUGAUCAGGCUGAGGAAGGUCCAGAGGAUUUGCCUAACCCCGGAGCAGAGAAAGUAACUUACCCAGAGAACGGCCAUUAUCACAAUUUGACUGUGGUUCCUGGAACAGUUGAUUUGUUGCCUGAAAACAGCUCUACCUCUCUGAUUGGCUGCAAGCUGGACUGUUCCGUUAUACCUCAAGAAGUGUUUAUUGCUACCGCUUUAAACCACCUGACUGUUGUUCAUGCGCCGGGAGAAACCAUUCAGGCCGUUGUAAAUCUCGAGUAGUUCUGCUAUCAGAGACUGGUUUUGAGUUUAUUUGAUGAAUUUCCUGCAUAAAUAUAUUUCUGUUCCAGUCUUGAUUUGACAAUAUCGUUUAUUAACAUUAAACACUAGGGCAAGUGGA